AUGAAUGUACGCGUAUGGAAAGCAAAAGCCGCAGAAAAGAUAGGUCCGCUUGCGCCCCGCGAAAAAGCAGCCUUCGCUUAUAGUGAAAAGUUACGUGAACAGUUCAAGGAACACCCAGAGAUUCGACGAAUUGCACGACAUAGAAAUGUACCAAGGAGUAUUCUUCAAGCUGGCCGUGAACAUGCAGCAAUCAGAGCCGCGGAAUCGCGGAAGGAGUUUAAUCGACGGCGAGCUGAAUGCAUUAAGGAUGAGGAUGUCGAAUUUGUACCAUUGGUAAAGAAAGCCAUGGUGAAGAAGAGUGGGAAUCCGUUAUAA